CGGGGCUUGGAGCGGUGGCCUUUCUGGGGACCUGCACCAGCUGUAGAGGAGCGAGGAGGUGAAGAGGCUCAGAGCCAUGGCGGCUGUGGCGGCAAUGCGGACGCGUAUCCUGCAGGUUUCUUCCAAGGUAAACUCCAUCUGGUAUCCAGCAUCCUCCUUCUCUUCCUCUUCAGUGCCAACUGUAAAACUCUUCAUUGAUGGGAAAUUUGUUGAAUCCAAAAGUGACAAAUGGAUUGACAUCCACAACCCAGCCACCAAUGAGGUAAUUGGUCGGGUCCCUCAGGCCACCAGGGCUGAAAUGGAUGCAGCUGUUGCUUCCUGCAAACGUGCUUUUCCCACAUGGGCAGACACUUCAGUUUUAAGCCGUCAGCAGCUCCUGCUCCGCUAUCAACAACUUAUUAAAGAAAACUUGAAAGAAAUUGCCAGGUUAAUCACAUUGGAACAAGGAAAGACCCUAGCUGAUGCCGAAGGAGAUGUAUUUCGAGGCCUUCAGGUGGUUGAGCAUGCCUGUAGUGUGACAUCACUCAUGAUGGGAGAGACCAUGCCAUCCAUCACCAAAGACAUGGACCUUUAUUCCUACCGUCUGCCCCUGGGUGUGUGUGCAGGCAUUGCACCAUUCAAUUUUCCUGCCAUGAUCCCCCUUUGGAUGUUUCCCAUGGCCAUGGUGUGUGGAAAUACCUUCCUAAUGAAACCAUCAGAGCGAGUCCCUGGAGCAACUAUGCUUCUAGCUAAGUUGCUCCAAGACUCUGGUGCUCCAGAUGGAACACUGAACAUCAUCCAUGGACAACAUGAAGCUGUAAAUUUUAUUUGUGAUCAUCCGGCCAUCAAAGCAAUCAGCUUUGUGGGAUCCAACCAGGCAGGAGAGUACAUCUUCGAGAGAGGGUCAAGACAUGGCAAGAGAGUUCAAGCCAACAUGGGAGCCAAGAACCAUGGAGUGGUCAUGCCAGAUGCCAAUAAGGAAAAUACCCUGAACCAGCUGGUUGGGGCAGCAUUUGGAGCAGCUGGUCAGCGCUGCAUGGCUCUUUCAACAGCGAUUCUUGUGGGAGAUGCCAAGAAAUGGCUGCCAGAGCUGGUGGAACGUGCCAAAAACCUGAGAGUCAAUGCAGGAGACCAGCCGGGAGCCGAUCUUGGCCCUCUGAUAACUCCCCAGGCUAAAGAGCGAGUCUGUAAUCUGAUUGAUAGUGGAACAAAGGAGGGUGCAUCCAUCCUCCUUGAUGGACGAAAAAUUAACGUUAAAGGCUAUGAAAAUGGCAACUUUGUUGGACCAACCAUCAUCUCAGAUGUCAAGCCAAAUAUGACCUGUUACAAAGAAGAGAUUUUUGGUCCAGUUCUUGUGGUUCUGGAGACAGAAACAUUGGAUGAAGCCAUCAAGAUUGUAAAUGACAACCCAUAUGGAAAUGGAACUGCCAUCUUCACCACCAAUGGAGCCACAGCUCGAAAAUAUUCACACCUAGUGGAUGUCGGACAGGUGGGUGUGAAUGUUCCCAUUCCAGUGCCUUUGCCAAUGUUCUCAUUCACUGGCUCACGAUCUUCCUUCAGGGGAGACACCAAUUUCUAUGGCAAACAGGGCUUCCAAUUCUACACUCAGUUAAAGACCAUCACUUCUCAGUGGAAAGAAGAAGAUGCUACUCUUUCUUCACCUGCUGUAGUCAUGCCUACAAUGGGCCGUUAGAAAUAAGUUUAUUCCAGACUCAGUCCAUCAUAAGUAAUCUCCUUAUAUUGCUGACCAACUUCACUUGCCAACUUUGCUGAGAUAAUUACCAGUUCCCUGGGAUUGGAAUACCUUUGUUAACUAAGAUCUUUUUCAGGACCAUUCGCCCCUGCAAAGUUGCUAUAGGGAGACUCCUAGUAUAACUUCGAAACCAGAUUUUCACUCAUUCUUCAUACUUCCAUUUUUGAGGUAACUGUUGUAACUGUGAAAUGCUUAUCUGGAAUGAGAGCUUAGAUCUGUUUUUUUAAGAAUUCUCCCCUUUUAUGAAGACUGGAAAGAGGGGAAGGUUAGUGCAUAUAAAGAUCUUCCAAUAAUUGAAAGAAUUCUUGGAUGGGGAAAUAGGAUAGAAAUAAUUCACCCUUUGGUUGGUCCUCAAACACAGCUCUACAUAAAUGCCAAUGAGGGAGAGCCUCUGCCAAGUUUUCCUGAGUCUCUAAUUUAUCCCACACUACACAAAAAAAUAAUCCAUUUCUCCUAAUUCCAACAUUGUAACAACUAUGUCUUUCUAUUCUGAGUGCCACUUUGUUGUCUUGAAGAUUCAUGACCAUUAUUUAACUUUAUUAUUGUCAGUGUUCCAGCUUCUUAAAAUCACCACUACUCAAGGAUUCUUUAAUGUACAUUGGGUAAAUCAACUUUUUUAUAAUGUGUGCCAAGUGUUAGAUUCAGGGUUUGCUUCAGCAAUCAUUAAUUAAUGCUUCAACCAUUAAUUAAGACCUUCAAGAUGCAAAAUUUAACCCAGAAAUUAAGGGGUGUCCCAAUCAUGUAAGAGGGCAAGACUUGCCUUAAGCAAGUCUAACCUGAUAUUACUUGUCUUACUAGAAUUUUAUAUAUUUCUUCCUCUUGCUUGCAUUUUUUAUUAGUGAUACUUUUUAAUGAAAAAAAAAUCUUUAAUUUGGAGUAAUUGGCAGGGGCCUAAGAAAUUUCAAAGCUUUUUGUGACACAAAGUAAAAAAAAAAAAAAAAAAAAAAUGGCUUGACAGAAUUCUACUGCUACUAUUAAUUGAAGUGUCUUUAUGCUUUUUGUUUCUUUGAUAUAUCCAAACUCUAGGUCAGAAAAGGAAUUGAAUUGCUAGACAGAAUAGUUUGUCUUUCUGACUUGGUUUUAUACCCAGUAAGCUAGGAAAAGGCUGAUGGCUCUGAUAAAGUAAUCUCUGUUCCUCGGCCAGAUGGCAUAGGUCAUUUGUAUUUCUGCUUUCUGAUUAGUUACUUAGAUAGUGCUAAUGUACUACAUAGGGAUUAUUCUGUGAAUUAAAAUGUUAAAAAACUUUGAAAAUAUUUGUACAUACAGUGUACUUCAGGCUUAAUACUACCAGCUGCUGAACAGACUCUCAGAGUCUCCAAUCACUUAAAGUGACUGGAACUUUAAUGAAGAACCUAAGACCCUAAUGGGACUCUUCAUUUUUGGAUUUGCCUUCCUUUCAGUGAGGUAAUAGAGAUUUAUAUUUUGAGAAUAGAAUGCCCCUUGUUUUAUCUCUAUCACAGCUGGCAACUGGUAGUUAAUCCAAUCCAAUGGGUUAUAGGUUGGGUUGAAUAAAAGGUCAUAUUGUCUAAAUUCCAAAUGGAAUUAAAUAUAAUCACAGAGACUCCUAAGUUUUCCUUACAUCUAAGGAAAAUCACUUAUUUAAAAAUAUGGACUAAUCAGAAUAGUGUUGCUCUAAUUGGAGUCAACUCACUCAUUUGGCCAACUACUUGCUGCUCUGAAGAGUUUCUUGUUUCUUAGAAGGAAAAAAAUUGUACAGUUAUGGUCAUGCUAAUAGCAGUUAAAACAUUCACUAUUUUAUUUUCUUUUUGCUCUGAAGUGGCCUCAUAUGAAACUUCUCAGAUUCUACACUGUGCUGCUAGAUUAUGAAUAACAAAUUAUGAAUAAAAAAUUUCUGAAGAGAAAA